CUUGAUUCUAUGUAUGAUGUAAGGGAUCGAUUGACGACAGAUCUUACGGAAAAACAGAGCAUGUUGAUGGAAGUCGUUGUCAGAGCCGAAGAUGCAAUCGUAAUCGAUGAUCUAGACCUCGUUCGUAAGUACUACACUCGACUGCGCAAUAUGGAUCGUAGUGUUCGACAAGCGUUCCAUCUUCGGGCCAACAAUCACGAAAGAUUCGUCGAAUCACUACGAAGGCUUCAUAAGAUUAUCGAACAAGCUGCCAAAUUACGAUGUAAGCACUGCUUUACGCUCACCUCAUUCCUCAACAAUCUCAAAGCAUUCUUGUAUGUUACGGUCGCCUAA